AUGGUUGAUCAACCUCAACUUCAUCGUUCUGCUGAAAUUGAAGAUUUAGCUCAUCUCACACCAGAAGACAUUAAUAAGCCACUCGUUAAUAAACAACAAAAAACUAAACAGGCACUAAUUGUUGUCGAUAUUCAGAAUGAUUAUUUUCCAGGUGGUAAAUGGGUACUCAGUGGCAUGGAUGCUGCCGCGGACAAUGCAGCUCAAUUAAUUGCAGCAGCACGGGCUUCCGAUGAUUUAGUUGUUCACAUUCGUCAUGAAUUUCCAACAAGUGAUGCUCCAUUUUUUGCAUUAGGAUCAACAGGUGUUCAAAUUCAUGCAAAAGUACAAAAUCGCGAGGAUGAACAUGUCAUCGUUAAAAAUCAUAUUAAUUCAUUCAGAGAAACAAAACUCAAAGAAGUCCUUGAUCGUAAUGAAAUUUGCGAUAUUGUUAUAUGUGGUGCAAUGAGUCACAUGUGCAUUGAUGGUAUUACUCGUGCUGCACACGAUUUUGGAUAUAAUUGCAUUGUUAUUCAUGAUGCUUGCGCAUCACGUGAUCUUGAAUUUAAUGGUAUACAAGUUCCAGCUGAGCAUGUACACGCUGCAUUUAUGGCUGCACUCGGAUUUGCUUAUGCUAAAACUAUUUCUACGAAUGAAUUUCUUAAAAAUAAAAAAACUCAAGAUUAA